AUGCCAACAGAUGCUUCUAGUCCAACCCAACCUGCCACUGUUGAUGUAUCGGCCACUCUUGGUCAGCAACCAAUCGCCACAGCUUCUUCCAGUCCAACCAACCUGCCAUAUCAGCCACUCUUGGUAGCCACCUCCUACAAAACCGAAGCGGAAGCCGCCUCCACCUGCCUCUUUGAACGGCGUCGCCUCCUCCAAGUGGCAACCCAAGACCUCUUCAUCCGCCUCAUCGUUCCGUCGCGGGCAAUCGAAGAUGUAAUUCCUCUGCCGAAUAUUCCUUCCUCCAACGUUGCCAGUGGAGCCAGUGGAAAAAUUACUGCGUUUGUACGGAAGCUGACUUCCUUUGCUGUAACCACGCCCACCCGCUUUCCUGCGAACACCACCACGGGACGUGCCGUUGGUAUCUCUAGAAGGCGCCGUCGGCUACGUGGUUUUACUUUGCUUGAAUCAAAAUCUCCACCAUCCCCUGGUCUGACACCCCUUCCAACAGAGCUACCCACACCACCACCAAGUGGAGCUACCUACAGAUCCUCUUCUUCUUCCUGGGGUGGCAUGUCAGCGCUGUGCUCUGUUGGGGUGUAG